AUGGAAAGGCUUGAGGAAUGGGCUGAUGAACACAAUCGGUACGCAGCGCUGUUCGAGCGACACUGUGGGGACUACCGGCGGGAGCACCAGAAGUGCAUGAAGCAUGGGAAGCUGGAUCCCCUGGAGAUGCAGAAGUGGUAUCCGGUCUGCGGCGACAGCUUUGAGCUGGAGAAUGCCUGUGCCGGCGCCCUCCUCAAGGCCGUGGAUUCCCGCUGCCGCGCUCCCUUGGACAAGGCCGCGGGCACGCUGGCGAGCCAGGGCCAGGACGACGCGCGGCUACCGAAGCAGCUGGAGGCGGUGGGCAGCUGCAUGCUUCAGAUGGCAGCCGACAAGGCUCUGAAAGUGUCUGUGGACAUGGAGGAGGUGCGGCGCCGCACGCAGCUGGCCAAGCAGCUCGUCGCGCGCGGGUAG